UCUCAGAGGACAACCCUUCAAUUUGCCAAUCAAAAUCAUCAAUGGCCGAAGAAGAGAACGUAGAAAAGACGAUCCGACCUCAAUUUCCAACUGGACGGGUCAAGAAAAUCGUGAAACUGGACAAAGACAUCAAUAAGGUCACAUCAGAAGCUUUCUUCCUCAUCUCUAGUUCUGUUGAGCUAUUUCUUCGCUUUAUUGCCGAGAAAUCGACAGAAGUAGCGGUCGAGAAGAAGCGAAAGACUGUGAAACUCGACCACAUCAGAACCGCUGUUAAAAGGCAUCAGCCAACCAGCGAUUUCCUUCUUGACUCGCUUCCUUUGCCAACUCAGUCUGAUAAGCCUGUGGCUAAGAAGAAGACACAUUCAGGUCCCGUGGCCGAUAAACCUGUCCCCUCUGGUACUCGCCGAAUCGACGACUUCUUUUCCAAAUCGCCAAAUGAAGAUCCGGUUCAGAUAAAUAAUUGCUAGACGUAUUUUAUUUUACCUUUAAUUAAUUGGAUAGAUUGUACCAGAAGAUAUUUUAGUUUUAUAAUAAAACGAAUUUAUAUUUUGUUUUA